AUUCCUAUUAUCGGAGAGCUGCGGGAACGGUUGUGGGUGCGCUCCUCGGCAGGAAAAAUAGGGAUCUUUGUAUCUUCCCAAAGUAGUAGUAGUGAGCCUCAAAUUCGGCGGCAACAGGGAUCAGCCAUGCCUUUCGGUAACACCCACAACCAGGUGAAGAUGAAAUAUGCCUCCGACCAGGAGUACCCAGACCUCAGCAAGCACAACAACCACAUGGCCAAGAUUCUGACUCCUGCUGUGUACGAGCGGCUGAGGAGCAAACAGACACCCAGUGGAUUUACUCUGGAUGAUGUGAUUCAAACUGGGGUUGAUAACCCAGGCCAUCCCUUCAUCAUGACUGUGGGCUGUGUUGCUGGAGAUGAAGAAACCUACGAAGUCUUCAAAGAUCUGCUGGACCCUGUGAUCCAGGAUCGGCAUGGAGGAUACAAACCCACAGACAAGCACAAAACUGACCUCAACCCCAACAACCUGAAGGGUGGUGAUGAUCUUGAUCCAAACUAUGUUCUGAGCUCCCGGGUCCGGACUGGCAGGAGCAUCCGUGGCUUCUGUUUGCCACCACACUGCAGCCGCGGAGAGCGACGUGCUGUUGAGAAACUCUCCAUCGAAGCUCUGGCCUCUCUGACGGGAGACCUGAAAGGGAAGUAUUUUGCCCUGAAGAACAUGACAGAUGCUGAGCAGCAACAGCUCAUUGACGAUCACUUCCUGUUUGACAAGCCAGUGUCUCCUCUCCUGUUGGCCUCUGGGAUGGCCCGGGACUGGCCUGAUGCAAGAGGGAUCUGGCACAAUGACAACAAGACAUUCCUGGUCUGGGUCAACGAGGAGGAUCACCUGCGUGUCAUCUCCAUGCAGAAGGGUGGCAACAUGAAGGAAGUCUUCAACCGCUUCUGUACCGGUCUCACCAAGAUUGAGACUCUGUUUAAAGAGAGGGGCCAUGCAUUCAUGUGGAACGAACAUCUGGGCUACGUGCUGACUUGCCCCUCUAACCUUGGCACUGGUCUGCGUGGCGGAGUCCACGUCAAGCUGCCCAACAUGAGCAAGCAUGCCAAAUUUGAAGAGGUUCUCAAGAGGCUGAGGCUCCAGAAGCGUGGAACAGGUGGAGUUGAUACUGCUGCUGUGGGCGGUGUGUUUGACAUCUCCAACGCUGACAGACUGGGCUUCUCAGAGGUAGAGCUGGUGCAGAUGGUGGUGGAUGGAGUCAAGCUGCUGAUUGAGAUGGAGAAGAAGCUGGAGAAGGGCCAGUCGAUCGAUGACUUGAUGCCUGCCCAGAAAUAAAACGGUUCUGAUAACCUCUGCCCUGAUCCUUGUGCCCCCCCCCUCCUUUUUUGUUUUGUUGUUGAAACGUUCAACUCUGUCCUGGAAUGCACUCUGUAUUGAAGAGCACUAAGCUUUCACACUGUUCUUGUAAUGAGGAUGGAUUGAAAUUAAAUGGUUCUGGUUGAA